ACUUUUGCGAGUUGGCUUUCCAGAAACGCACCGCAUUUUCCCGGAGAUUGCACGCCUAGUUUUCACUGAAUUUCCACUCCCCACAACUUGCCCGAGUGAUUCCGCCGUGUCCUGGCCAGUCGCCGAACAGAUAGGAAGGUGUGUUCAGAGCGGUUAUCGCGAGAAAGUCGUAAGAAAAGCACGGUGCGCGUGGUUCAGUAAGACCAACGCUACAAGCUUGCAGGAAAUCUCGGACAUUUUACUUUUGACCCUGAUCGACUAAUCGCCCAGAUGCCGCCGAAGAAGAGCGCGAAGAAGCCGGAAGCGACGGAGGCCGCGACCGAGGCGCCGGUGGAGCAGAAGAAGCGCGGGAAACGCGCCGCCGACGACGGCGCGGCGAAGAAAGCCAGUCCGGCAAAGAAGGCGCGCACCAAGAAGACUGAUGACGUUGCCGAGCCCCAGAAGAAGGGCCGCGGUAAGAAGGCGGCCCCGCCACCCGCUCCGGAGGACGUGAGUCCGGCCAAGAAGGCAAAGAAGGACGAGGAGCCGGCCAAUGACGCUGCAUCGCCUGCCAAGUCGCCGAAGAGGCCCGCGGCCAAGGCCAAAGCGUCGCCCAAGAAGAAGGCGACGAAGAAAACGUCUAAGUCACCGGUGGCAAACGGAUCAGGCCGAAAGAAGGAGGAGGGCGUCACCAAAGCAUCCGGACGCGCCAAGAAGGCCGCUCCGUCUGACGACGCACCAGAUUCGACCGCUGCCGUCGCCGCCUCGCCCAAAGCCAAGAAGGGCCGCGCAACUAAAGCCGCAAAGAGUCCCACCAAGAGCCCCGCAAAGUCGCCAGCCAAGGCGAAGGCAAAGCGCGGAAGGAAGCCGAAAGCGGCCGUCGAGACGAGCGGCGAGGAGAACGGCGCCGCGGCGGAGGUGCCGAAGAAGGGCGGCAAGGUGCGCGCCAACGCCACAGUGACGAACUACAGUGAGAUCGACUUCACGCACGAGAAGCCGUAUAAGCUCAAGAUCGCCAGUUGGAAUGUUUCGGGGAUGCGGGCGUGGAUCGCGAAGGGUGGCCUGGAGUAUGUGAAGCACGAGCAGCCGGACGUGUUCUGUCUGCAGGAGAUCAAAUGCAAGAGCGACGACAUGCCGCCGGAGGCGCGCGUGAAGGGCUACCAUCCGUACUGGCUGUGCCACAGCGGCUACGCGGGCGUGGCCAUCUAUGCCAAGGCGAUGCCCAUGAACGUCACGUAUGGCAUUGGCGACGCCGAGCUGGACGAGGAGGGCCGCGUCUGCACGGCGGAGUUCGAGAAGUUCUAUCUGGUGUGCGUGUAUGUACCGAACGCCGGCCGCGGGCUUGUGACGCUGCCCAAGCGGCUGCGCUUCGACGAGAAGUUCCACGCUUUUGUCAGCAAGCUGGAUCAAAACAAGCCGGUCAUCAUCUGCGGCGACAUGAACGUGGCUCACCAGGAAAUUGAUCUUGCAAAUCCCAAGACGAACAAGAAGAAUGCCGGCUUCACUCAAGAGGAGCGCGACAGCUUGACAAAACUCUUCUGCCUCGGCUUUGUGGACACAUUCCGGCAUUUGUACCCGAAGCAGGCCAAAGCCUACACCUUCUGGACGUACAUGAUGAACGCCAGGAGCAAGAAUGUGGGCUGGCGUCUUGACUACUUCAUCGUGUCGGAGCGCCUGGCCAGCGCCGUGGUGGACAACAUUAUCCGCUCGCCAGUGAUGGGCAGCGAUCACUGUCCCAUCGUUGCGCUCUUUGACUUCUGA